ACAGCUAACAAAUGAGCAUAUAGGAUCGGCUCGUAUGCCGAUCAAACAUAAUUUUGAAAGGCCUUAUGGAUAUGGAGUCGAAAGUUUUUACCGCGCGCAUCUCACGCUUAGGAAAUGCUGCUUUCACGGGCCUUGUAGUCAGUAUUUCCUCAUUCCGACUUACACGCGCUGGUCAUUCAACUUGUCGUGCUUGUCACUGACGUUGACCUCGUGUCGCCUCCAUCCGGCAAGGAAGUAUAUACUCCGCCUAUGCAGCUCUUGCGUGCGCCGUACAGAGGUGCUGGCACUAAUCUGUUGCUGGAUGAUCGCACUGCUGGACAACGAGUUUCACAGGCUCAACGCAGAAUCCGGAAACAUAACGGCAAAACGUAGCGGCAGCCUGUCAGUCCAUUCAGUACCACCUUAAGCUAGAUUUGAAGGUACCUAUUAAACACGGUUGUAAUGUUGAAAACGUGGUUGUUCAUCUCGCAGUCCACAUGUGAAAACGACAACGUCGUAACUGCCGGCAGGCAAUUAAGAAGACGCGCACACCGUUCAUCGUUGCAAUGGAUAUAAAACGGAAAGAUGCCGCAUCUGUAUGCGAAGUUAAUGCUUCGUUGAUGAAAGAUUCCGGUCGGAUUACAGCGGUACAAUGUGGACACUUGUGGGCCUUAUUGCGUUGACCUUUACGCGGUCCGCUGCUCUGCGGUCGGAUGGACAGGAAUUCCGAACAACCGACGAUGAUUACGCUGACGACCCAAGAACGGUGUCAUUUCCUGCCGAUUCAGCAUUAUUUCAUACCGAAAGCGGUGUGAUUUAUCCAGCGAGCCGCAACAUCGGCUUCGGCAGUUUGUUGGGCGGCCAUAACAACGCUGCUGCCUUUAACGAUGAAAGCGACGCAGCUCUAUCAGCCGACGAGUUGGCCUUAAAAGCUGCCGAAACGGUUUCCCUCUCAGAUGAACUGAAAACGAAGGAGUUCGUCUUUCCAAUGAUCCAAGAUUCCAUGCAACGAGGACGUGUGCAGAUUCCUGCUAUACCGCAGCUGUUCCGUGGCCCAACUAUUUUUGGUUUUACUGCCAAGAAUGUCGGCCGAAAAACGCUUAUACAGAAAGCAGCUGGCAGGCAGUUCCUUCUGCAAAAACUCGCCAACGCUGCUUUUAUGCCACACCAAUUCGACGUCGUUCCGGACAGCAACACAGAAGAGUUUACACCACCCGACAAUUCUUUAUCCACAUUUUCGCUGUCGAUUCUCGGGAACAGUCCUUUAAUGCGGCGAUCAGAUGCCCUUUUUGAUAACGGCCUGUCUCCGAUCCCAAUGCCAGCACGGAUGCGAAAGCAGCGCACUUCCAUGGCGGCCCGGUUACUUCGGAAAUUGGCGCAGUCCCAGCUGGAGAAUAUUGACAGCUCCGGUGUCGAAGAAGCCGCUCCAGAACCUGACCGGAGCCCCUUCUUUCAACCGGAAGCACACAAACGUUUGAUUUCCUCUGAAGACAUCUCGAAACUCCCGUCCGAAGCAGUUCCUCUACGGUUACCGCAUUUGCAAGCCCAUGGCGUUCCCUUAUCGUCCGGGCUGAUCCCAGACAUAAUUUUUACGGCAUCGUCUCGGAAGGUUCCUGAAAUGGAUAACGAAAAUUUUCCCUCGAAUUCUCCAUUGUCCAACGCAAAGCGUCUCGACCAACGUUUACACCGACAUUGUCCAAUCCCAAUCUGGACGUCGUGCAGGCUCUGAUGAAGCUGGCUACCGCUUCCCACCGUUUUAAUCCGCCAGUUCCUCGCCGACUAAUCGCUCAGCAAUUGGAUAAUGAUGUGAUGGACCCUUUCAUGCUACCAAUGAUAAUCCCCAGUCAAAGCAAACCCGCCGUGCCGGAGCUGUCUUUUGGCUCAAACCUUUCACCAUACCCUGACCUCCAUCCUGCCACCAUUUUGCAAUCGGGGGACCAACCGGAACUGGACAGCGCGGCCUUUCCACUAAUUCGAGAUCUCGACAGUUCAAAGGUCUCCGGUGAGAAAAUGCCGGGCGAACUGCUUCGCCCCCUUUUCCAGAGCAGCUCGGUCAACACGGGGAUUCCGGUCGCAGAUGACGAUGACCAAACUCCCCUGAUCGAUGACCUCAUGGCCCACGGCCUGCGUGACAAAGAGAUGGCGUCGAAAGAAGCGGCGCUGUUCCGCGUUCCCGCUAAAUCUUCCACGGACCGCAUCGGUUCGAUGACUUUCUUAAGUGACUUCUUGCCUUACUCCCGACUCAGACGGCGACACCGACAGAAACCUACCUUUCCACCCAUCCUGUCAACGCUCUUGCCGACCAACACUAACGAUAUCGAUGAUACGGGCGUCAAUUGGACGACCACGGAAUCCUCCAUUAAACCGGAGCAUUCGCUGGAAAUUGCCUUGACGUUGAAUGACUCCGCUGCAACGCUAUUGCCGGUCGGAAGCCUGUUGCCUGUAACACCGCCUGGAAAAUGGCCGAGCGACGAUGAUAACGAGGUGCCGGUGAGCGGUCGGGGUUUCCGUACGCUGAACAUGUUGCGGCCUAAUAAUGGGUCGACGUUCAGAUACUUCAAAUCCAUCACAUCGGGUACGGGUACGAACCCGUGCGCUGAAGGGGAACGGUGCAAAAAUUAUGCACAAGCCGGAAAUGCUCUCCCGUUGAUGCUGACUGGGAAUAACGGAACGACCUGGGCCUAAGUAAAACUUUUCUUAAGCGGGUUUGGCUGUUUGUUUGUAGAGGAACGUGCUUCCGAGCGACAGAUUUUUCGACAAUUGUGCACAAAUAAAUUAAAAGAACGGAUGUACAAUAAAUACGUGCGAGUAAACUUCAGUGCCUGGAAUUGUUGUAUUGUGUAAGGACUCGCAACAUUUGUUAUAUCGUGCGGCAGGCAGCUUGGCAGCCUUCGAGUUUGCAACAAGAUGGAUUGAAGACG